GUUUAGCAUUCGACACUUCCAUGUUCAAUUUCUUUGCUAUAGUAGCUUGCUUAAGAAUGACUCAGGAGGGCAGUGGUGCUGGGAGCCUCGCGGGCGCGGCCCGCGGUUAGUCGCAGUCGGGCGUCGGCGGCGGCGGCGGCGGCCCAGCGCUGAGUGCACAUUGUGCCUUAGCAGCGGCCGCGGAGGCGCCCCCGCCCUCACAGCCCCUGCGCGGGUGCCGCCACCCUCGCUCCCUCUGCUCUUCUUCCCUUCGCUCGCACCAGGGCUGAUCAGCUGACCGAAGAACAGAUUGCUGAGUUCAAGGAAGCUUUCUCCCUGUUUGACAAAGAUGGCGAUGGCACCAUCACAACAAAGGAACUUGGAACUGUCAUGAGGUCACUGGGUCAGAACCCAACAGAAGCUGAAUGGCAGGAUAUGAUCAACGAGGUGGAUGCCGACGGUAAUGGCACCAUUGACUUCCCAGAAUUUUUGACUAUGAUGGCUAGAGAAAUGAAAGGUACAGACAGUGAAGAAGAAAUUCGCGAGGCAUUCCGAGUCUUUGACAAGGAUGGCAACGGUUACGUCAGUGCGGCGGAGCUACGUCAUGUCAUGACCAACUUAGGAGAAAAACUAACAGAUGAAGAAGUAGAUGAAAUGAUCAGAGAAGCAGAUAUUGAUGGAGAUGGGCAAGUCAACUAUGAAGUAUUCGUACAGAUGAUGACUGCAAAAUGAAGGCCUCCUUUCAACUCCUUUCCCCCCUUCUAGAAGAAUCAAAUUGAAUCUUUUACUUACCUCUUGCAAAAAAAAA